AUGUUCAAUUUAGGGAAACCAGCUUCCACAGGGUCGCUGUUUGGUCAGAAUCAAGGUAACAUGAAUAGUACGGCAGGCGUUAAUACAGGUUUCAGUUUUGGGCAGAAUAAUGCUGCAAACAACACUUCAGGAAACACUGCAGGUGGGUUGUUUGGGAAUAAACCAACAGGUGCCACUUCAGGUGGACUAUUUGGUGCAACUAAUAAUAAUAUUAAUAAUAAUAAUGCGGCUGUACCGGGUGUAGGAGGAGGUAUGUUUGGAGCAACGAAUAACAAUAACGCAGCUCCUGCUACUGGUGGUCUGUUUGGUGCAGCUAAUAACAAUAACACAGCACCUGCUACCGGUGGUUUAUUUGGUACUAAACCUGCUGCUCCUGCUACAGGUGGAUUAUUCAGCUCCACUAAUAAUAUUAAUAAUAAUAACACAGCACCUACUACCGGUGGUUUGUUUGGUGCUAAACCAGCGGCGCCAGCUACAGGUGGAUUGUUUGGUGGGGCUACUAACAAUAUGACUUCAUCUUCGACAGGAGGUUUAUUUGGUGCGAAACCAGCUACCCCAGCUACAGGUGGAUUAUUUGGUAAUAACAAUACAGCUGCGCCUUCUGGUGGACUAUUUGGUGCAAAGCCAGCCACUACAGGUGGUUUGUUUGGCGGAAAACCUGCAACUGGAGGUGGUCUAUUUGGUAACAAUACCAAUGCUUCAGCGACUACUGGUGGUGGGUUGUUUGGUAAUAAUAAUAACAAUUCAUUAGGUGGCGGUCUAUUUGGUAAUCAGCAACAACAGCAACAACAGCAACAGAUUUCAGCUUUACAACAAAUAUCACAGUUGCCUGUCAAUCCAUUGACAAGGAUAUCGGAUUUACCACCACAAUUGAAACAAGAAAUCGAACAAUUAGACCAAUAUAUACAGAGACAAGUGCAAAUAUCCCAAAAUUUGAAAUCAGAACACAGUGAACAUAUCGAAUUAAUAGACUCCGUACCUCGUGAUAUACAGUAUCUAUUGAAGACUCAAUCUCAGACAAAUCAACUAUUAGCACAAGAUUUAAAGAAAAUUAAAGCAAUUAAAGAUUUAACAGACUAUAAUAUUGCUGAUACUCAAACAUUUUCGAUAUUACUACAACAACUAUUAACUCCAGGCAGUAAAGUGUCGUCCAUGGAACUAGAUAAAUUCUUUCAGCAUAGAAUUCAAGUGUAUAAUUCAAAAUUGGAUGAAUACUCUAGGGUCUUAUCUGAUAUUGAGAAUACUAUUAAUGGUAUAAAUAACGAAGUUAUAGGUAGUUCUGAUCCAAUCUUGAAUAAUGGUAGUGGUGUUAAAAAUAGUAUGGAGUUUAACGAUUUUGUGUCUUUGAAAUCUGGUCUGCAUGCAAUCAUUAAUACCGUUAUAGAAGAGUUUAAUCUUUUCAUGGACAUUGCACAAAGAAUAGCAGUACUUCAUCAGCAUAUCAGAGAUGCUCAAUCUAAUUGA